AGGUGGAAGCACUAGAAUUUUAAGAAAGAGAAAGAAACAAACUUUGACCGGCUAAAAAAGCAAACGGGAACCAACAAAAUUUGUUGGUUUGUCCACGUCAGCAAAGGAACCCGUGUGCUCCCACCCCUUGGUUGAACUUCAACCCCCCAAAACCAGCGGAGAUUUCUUUAUAAUUUCUCCAAAAUUUUCACCUUCCUUUCACAAUCAUCUCAUCACAAUCUCAUAGUUUCGAUGUGUAAAUCAACCGAUUAUCGUAUUCUCGCCGCCGAUCGCCUCAAGAUCAAGGCAUUCUUCGUUCGGUUUUCUCAUCUCCAACUCUUGGAUCCUCCACCGGAGUCGCUUACUCUCUUCUACCUCCCUCGCAUUGACGAAACCGACCUCGAGAUAGACGGCCUCAAGAUCCGCCCGGACUCACCGGCGUUCGUCACUCUUCAUCGAGUCGUUUCUCCUUCUUCGUCGAGGAUGAAGAAGGAUGUGGUGUUCGGGAGUAGAGAGCGAGUUCGAGCUAGCGAAGGCGUGCAGUUUCAGGUGUAUUUGAGGGAGGAGAAGGUUGUGCAGGGGAUUUUUAGGAAGAACGACGACGGAGAUUGGAGAUUGGAGUGUAGAUGCGCUCUUGAAUCUAAGAUUGAUGAAGCAGCGGCGGCGGCGGCGGCGGAGGUUUGCGUGGAUGUGGAGGGACAGGGUGCGAUGUUUGAGAAGGUGGUUUUGGAAGUGAGAAGGAAGAAGAAGAGAGGGUUUUGUGAAUUGAUGGAAAUACCGGAGGGAAGAGAAGUGGACGGUUAUUGCGAGGGAUGUGAUUGUUGUUGUGGAGACGAUGGAGGUUCGUCGGAAGAUGAAGGCGGCGAUGAUGACGGUGAAGACGGCGGAGAAACGGAGGUGGAGGUGGAGGUUGAAGGAGUCCGAUGGGCCGUAGAUUUGGGGAUUUGGGCCGUCUGUUUGGGCGUUGGGUACUUGGUAUCGAAGGCGGCCCAUUCCAAAACAUUGAGACGUAAACGGAUUUUCUAAAGCAUCGAGAAAACAUAUAUAUAUUUCUUUUUGCUUUUUCGGGAUUUUUCUCUCUUUUGUAUAAUUACGAGUAGUUGAGAAUGUUCGCAAAUGAAAUUUUGUUAUAUACACUUUGUAUAUUGUUGAGAUGAUGAUGAUGUGAGUUCACACUCAAGUAGAUGAAUCACACUCCUCUCAUUGUCAAUUA